AUGUCCUCUGCCGACCCCGAUGAAGUACUACUUGAGAAUGAAUCUGAUGACGAUGAUCUGUGGGACGAGGUGGUUGUGCCCCAAGAACCUGCGCUAGUCCAAGCACCAACUGGGUACGACCAAUUGGAUGACCUUGAACCCCAAGCCGGCCCCUCGACGCGUCCAAACCUUGAGAUUACGCUCAAGAAGGCCAACAGCAAGACUGGGAAUGGUGGAGAACCCUCAGGAAUCAAGAAGACAAGUGUAGUGUCGCCCGCUGAGAGGCGCUUUCGCAUAGAUGUCCACAAGAUCCAUACCGUCGCCCUGCUACUGAAUGUGCGCGCUCGGAACAAAUGGCUCAACGAUGAGCUUUUGCGAGCGCGUCUCCUCUCCCUAACGCCCCUAUGGGUGCAGGACCAAUUCGCCAGCAUCCACAAGUCUCGCAUACCAGACUCCUAUAAACGCGGGACAAUGUUUGAGCUCGCCAUAACACGUCUCGCGGAGUGGUGGGCGCACUCGUUUUUCGAGGUGCUCGAGUCUGGUCACCUGCGUAGUCGUACGUUCGACGAAGUGCAGCAAUCGCUUGUCGCGAGGGGGUUCAUGGACUCAUCUCUGCUUCAUCCUGUGGAGCCUGACACGGAAGAGGAGACAGAAAAGGAGAGAGAACAGGCGAAGUGGAGGGGGAAAGCGAAGUGGCAACCGAAGCAGAAGAGCGCUAAGGCGAAGAGCAAGCAGAAAGCACCAGCACCUCCGCCAGACGUCGAUUGGUUCGAUUUCGUAGACAGCGACGAGGAAGUCGAAGUUGUCCGGACGGAGAAGAGCCUGAUGAAACAUGCCUUGCAGCGCUCAGGCAGCCGGGAUGUCUCUUCACAGCUGUUCACCGCAUUGUGCCGUGCUUUAGGGAUCCCUGCGCGUCUCGUCUGCAGUCUGCAAAGUGUCCCUUGGCAGGCGAGUAUUGGUCGACCAAAGCCUCCGACUAAACCCAAGGGGAAAGGCAAAGCGUCUGUUCCGGCUAAUGUGGACGAUGUCGGGAGUGACGGCGAUAUGGAACAAGUUCGUGCCGGAUCAUUCCCUGGCGAUGGUGUACGAUUGAAUGGUUCGGCGACGAAGGGAAAGGCCAAGGCCAAGGCUCCCGCUCCUCCCGCUAUCAAACUUCGUAAAAGUAAGGCGAAAGGGCAAAGGCUGGGUUCGACUCGACCCCAAGAACCUCCAGAUCCAUUGAGAACGCCGCCCAUCUUCUGGACCGAAGUCUUCAGCAAACCCGAUGGACGUUGGUUGCCAAUUGACCCUAUCCGCGCUCUUGUCAACAAGCCCAGACUAUUCGAUCCAUCCGCACCCAUGAAUAGUACCAAUACUGUGUCGUCCCGAAAUGUGCGCGUCGACAACCGUAUGCAAUAUGUUAUCGCCUUCGAAGAGGAUGGUUACGCCCGAGAUCUCACUGUGCGCUAUGCGCGAGAGUACGGCGCGAAGAUUGCCAAGUCACAAGCCGGAGGGAGAGGUCAGCAGCAAUGGUGGGAAGGAGCUUUGAGUUUCGUGACGAGACCGUAUCGCUUGAACCGAGACGAUCUUGAGGACGAAGAAUUGACGGCCAAACGGUAUCAGGAGCCGAUGCCAACGACUAUGACGGGCUUCAAGGACCACGCGCUGUACGUUCUCGAGCGACAUCUACACCAGGACGAAGUGAUCGCACCACACACUGCCGAGCUUGGAAAGUUUCGUGGCGAGUCAGUGUACCCACGAAGUAGUGUGUUGCAGCUCAAGACCGCGGAGAAUUGGAUGCGCCGUGGACGACAGGUUCGAGCCGGCGAACAAGCGCUCAAACAGGUCAAGCAACGCGCAAGCACGAUCAACAGAAAGCGCGAGCUUGAGGUAUUGCGAGAGGCUGGUGCAAGCGGAGACGGUGAUCCGAUGCAGGGUCUAUACGCCGAGCGUCAGACGGAGAUAUACAUGCCUAUCCCAGUCGUCGACGGAGUCAUUCCUAAGAACGACUUCGGUAAUAUCGAUCUCUACGUCCCUUCAAUGUUGCCACAAGGCGCAGCUUACCUCCCUUAUCGCGGCACAGCGAAGAUCGCACGCCAACUCGGAUUUGACUUCGCGGAAGCUGUAACGGGCUUUGAGUUCAGGAAAGCCCGGGCAAACCCCAUCAUCACUGGUAUAGUCGUCGCCGCAGAGAACGAGGCUGCCGUGCUCGAAGCCUAUUGGGAGUCCGAACAGGCUGCGGCGGAUAAGGAGGCGGAGAAACGGCGGGUUGCGGUCAUCAAGCGCUGGACGCGGUUGGUGCAGGGACUUCGCACGCGCGAGCGCCUACUGGCGCAGUACGGGAACAAGACUAAUAAUGAGGAGGGGUCACGCGCGAACAUCGUAACGAAUCCAGCAGAUGACAACGAGCAUGUUCCCGUUGCAGGCGGGUUCUUGACGCAGCCUGAUGACAUCGUGGCGGCUUACAAGCUACCCAAAAACUACUACACUGUGCCGGAGGAGGGGCCGCCGGACACACCUCUAUCGGUGAUCUCGCGGCUACAAGCGAGCGCCGGUCCUUCUACGCCAAUCGAUGAGAGCGGGACGCGCUCAACGACACUUUUCAUGGAAGAGAUCGAAGACGGAUUGCGGCAGCAAAGAGAGGAUCUACCCAUUGUACACGUUACCGCGGGGCCGAUUCUUUCGCUCGCCGAGCUCGCUGCGGCGAAUACGAACGGACAGCCCAGCGCGCCGGGAUCUCUGGACGAGGAAAGUGAUCUAUCUGAAGCGUCACUUCCGAAGGAUCAUGUAGCGGCGCGACCGGUGUCACAGCUUACUCGUUUGACGCGAGAGAGCAUGAGCGCGGGCGAGCCGGAGGCUAGCAGUCGUCCGAAGCGCCGCGUGGCGAGCAAGAAGCGCACACGGGGUGAUGACAGCCCGCCUGAGGCCUCUGACAGAGAGGCAGAGGCAAGACCAAAGACGCGAGCGCGUGCCCCGAAGCGAGUUAGAACACUGGCGGCACCACCUCUACCACGUUCGGAUCGUGUGCUCAGAACAAGGAGUGGGAAGAGUGCUGCUCAGCUCGAGCACGAACAAGAUAAAGUGUUACGAGAUGCGCUUGACGAUCUCGAAUAG